GACAUGAAAAAGUUUUUGAGCACUGGCAAUGAGACCGUAAUGGCUUCCAUCAUUGAACUUUUUCAGAGGUCUUUUCAAAGGCCUUCAGCACCACCAUCCUUCUUGCGACUGUUCCUGAUCGCUAGUGACCAGAAGAUUUCACCUACUGCUGCUCAGAAGCUGGUGAUUCACAUGGAGACAGUGACUUCAGUCUUGAAACUGGUGUUGAUGCAGAUAUACUCAGUGAAGGACAAAGAAUUUACAUUUGAAGCCUAUAAUUGGCCACUGGCAGAGCAUGUGAUUGACAGACUGUCCCUUUCUGGUGUGAAAGUCACCAAGAAGAAAAGUAAAGUGAAUUGUUAUUUCAACAUGAAUGAGGUAAUUUGUAUGGUGAACACCAUCUGUAAGGACCUAUUGACAAUGUAUUGCAACAUGAAAUCUCUCAUGGAGGCAUUAUCCAUUAAGAACAGGAUGGUGUCCAGAGACAUUGGUCGUCUGGUGUCUCUUCAACAUGAGAUGGUAUGCCGUAAUAGGAAAAUGGACACACCACCAGUUUUGCUGCCACCUUGCCCUCACCUUGAAAAUGUCGUAUGUGGUGUAGUGGCCAGAUUUGUCCAUGUCCUUGUCCCAGUGACUAUGAAAGAUAAGGAAGACCUGAUACUAUGCCUUCUACUGGUGGACCAGAUUCGUUUCCUCACCGAAGUGACACUUUUCCAAUCCCAGGAAACACUUUCUCUUGCCUGUCACCUCAAAGAACUCUCAUCAGAUACGAUCGUACAGCUAGGUGACAUGGUUUACAAUCAGUAUAUAGAGUCCUUCCCUUUGUAUGAAGUCCAGGAGCAAUUGCAUACAUUAGUGAUGGAUAAACAUCAGAGCUAUAUGAUCAGUACCAUGAUUAUUACAACUCUGCGGGAUUAUGUGAAACUGUGUUAUAACAUCUCAUGUGAGGAACAUAAGGAGGCACCUACUUCAAGUUCACUACUGCCACCUCCAGGGUUCUCUACACCUGACGCAUCACCUGUAGUUAGACCACCCCUAGGGCUCGCUCUGCCUAAAACAUCACCUGUAGUGAAACCACCUCUGGGUUUUACUGUACCUGAAGCCACAAUGAAGCCACCUCCUGGAUUCUGUUUACCUGACGCAUCACCUGUAGUGAAGCCUCCACCUGGGUUUGCUCUACCUGACGCCUCAGCCACAGUGAAGCCACCACCUGGUUUUGCUCUACCUCAAGCAUCACCUGCAGUGAAGCCACCUCCUGGUUUUGCUGUGCCGUACACAUCACCUGUUGUGAAGCCUCCUCCUGGUUUUGCUGUACCCUACGCAUCACCUGUAGUGAAGCCUCCUCCUGGUUAUGCUGUACUGUACGCAUCACCUGUAGUGAAGCCACCUCUGGGUUUUACUGUACCUGACACAGCAGUGAAGCCACCUCCUAGAUUCACUCUACUUCAAGCAUCACCUGCAGUGAAGCCUCCUCCAGGUUUUGCUCUACCUAAUGCAUGCCCUGCAGUUAGGCCACCCCCUGGGUUCAAUCUGCCUGAAACAACACCUGCAGUGCGACCACCUCCUGGGUUUGCGCUGGCUGAUGUCUCACCUGCAGUGGAGCCACCUCCUGGUUUUACUGGACAGGACGCCUCACCUGCAGUCAGACCACCCCCAGGAUUUAUUCUGCCUAAGACAUCACCUGCAGUGCGACCACCUGCUCGGUCUGCUCUGCCUGACCCUUCACCUAUAGUGAAGUCACCUCCAGGGUUUUCUAUUCCUGACGCCUCACCUGCAGUCAGACUACCCCCAGGGUUUACGCUGCCUAAAACAACACCUGCAGUGCGACCACCUCGUGGGACUGUGCUGGCUGAUGUCUUACCUGCUGUGAAGCCACCUCCUGGUUUUGACCUACUUAUUGCAUCAACUGCUGGUGUGCGUCCACCUCAACAGUUUGCUCAUUCUAAUGCCUCAGCCACAGUGAAGCCACCUCCUGGAUUUGCUUCACCUAUAGUGAAGCCACCACCCAAGUUCCCUCUGCCCGACGCCUCAUGUCCAGUGUGGCCACCUUCAGGGUUUACGCUUCCUGACAUCUCAGCUGCAGUUGAGCAACCUCCAGGGUUCUCUCUACCUGUCACAUCACCUGUGGUAAAGCCACCACCUGGGUUUGCUGUGCCUAUCACAACACCUUCAGUACGGCCACCUCCAGGGCUUCCGCUUUCUAACACCACACUGGUAGCGAAGCCAUCACCUGGAUUUACUCUACGUGAUACUUCAGCUGCAGUUCGACUGCCUCCUGGAUUUACAGUACCAGAUGCCUUAGCUGCAGUCCGACCACCUCCUGAGUUUGUUCUACCUGAGGCAUCACCUGCAGUGAAGUCUCCUCCUGGGUUGUUUCUUCCAGAUGCCCCACCUGUAGCACAGCCCCCACCUGGGUGUCUUGAAAUGUCACCUGAAAUGUGCUCAGAAGUUCCAUAUAGGGAAAUGGAGGAUGAGGCUCAAGAUAUUGAAAAACAUCAUCAGUGUACUCAAGACACUGCAUUGACUGUAACAUCAAAUGACUCAAAUGACCAGAAUCAAGCUGCACUGCCAUCUGAGAGAGUCAAGUCCACCAAGAAGAAGGGACUGAAAGGCUUUCUUCAGAAGAUAAGGAGGGCAUUUAGAUUUUGUGCACCCUCCAGUGACAUAGAGGGACGCAACAUAAACUUCUGUAGAAAUCACUAA